AUGAGUGAAACGGUAAUCAUUUCGAAAACAAGCCCCAGACAGCGGCCACAACCAAGGGAACCGCCGACCGCUGCCAUCGUCGGCAACACGAUCUGCAGUGUGGGCGACCCGGGACGGUUGGAGAAGCUGGGCAGCAAGAGCAGCAAAUCGACCGCCGCCUCGCUGGUGAUGGUGAAGGAGCUAGUGCACCGGGACAACAGUCGGCUGGUGAAGGACCUGAUGGCACUGUUAGCCAUCCGGGAAGCAACGAAGGAAGUGACCGGCCCGCACGGUCCACAAUCAACCGAGGGCGACGGUGCGGUGGUGGAGCUGAAGCGGGAUGAAACGUUGCACAAAAACCGGCCGGGCGAUACGGCGGCAAGGAUGAUACCGGCGACGCUACCGGGCGAGCAGUCCGAGCAGCAUGGCGGGGGGACCAAGGUGGCGGCAACGAUGACGGCGGCUGCAGUUGCAUCACUGCUGCAUCACACCGCAACGAAAGAGUUUUCAUCGUUAGCCGGGGAAAUUAUAGCCAUAGCCGACGAUACGCCGACGGCGAAUAGUAACGAAGAUGCACCACUGGACGGUCGAGCUGGGGACGGUAUGGUGGAGACCGGUACCGCGAACGACGAAAUGAUGCUGCACGCAGACGCAGCUGCACCGGAACUUAACACGAACGGAAAAUCCACCGACCACCAGCCCGCCGUCGCGGUGAAGCGGGAAGAAGGUGGUUGCUUGGCGAGUAGAAAAGACCGGCCGCCGUGCCAGGGUGCGAAAGGUGAGUUCGUUACGGUCGGUAACCGCCGCCGGUAUGAUGAGGUGUGCGGGGAGGAGACGGAGCAAAGGGAACAGAAGACUGAUGUGUCGGCGUGUGGAGAUAAUCUGCCGCAACGCCCUAGCUUGGACCGCUUACUGUCUGGGCCGGUUCCGGUUUCCUUCCCACCGAAGGGUGAUGUCGGGGCCGUUCCCGAACGUACCGCUACCCCCGUACCAACGUACGGUCCACCGUAUAUAUGUCACGGUUUGGUUGCACCGACAGUGCCGGACCGUCCCGCUGCGCUUACGCUUGAACAGAAGCUAGACAAGCUGCUGGACAGUGUGGUGAAGAUCAAGGCAGACAUGCACCGGCGUAUCGAUCGGCUCGGGAAGCGUGUCGAACAGAUACACCUCGACGUGCAGCUCAACAUUGACAGUACGGACCGGGCCCUGCUACGGAACGAUCUGCUGCUGAUUGGUAUUCCGCACCGCGAGCGGGAGGAUUUGCACCAGUGCUUCCGGGCCGUGUGCCGUGCGCUUGAGUACACCGACCAGGACAUACCGCAGGUGGACAUACGACGGCAGCGUGUGCCGGGUGGAAGCCGCCGCGUUGCCGUACCGUCCCGGGCACCAAAACACGGCGAUUCAUCGACGAGCGGACCAGACGCGGUCGCACCGGCACCGAUCGUGGUGGAGUUUAUGUUCAAAACGCUUCGCGAUCAGUUCUACCGUGCGUACCAAGCGAAGCGUGUGUUGCGCCUGUCGGAUAUUGGGUUCGUCAACGAUCGCCGGUUCUUCGUCAACGAGGUGCUGACGAAGUACAACCAGAAGCUGAUGGCGGAAGCGGUACGGCGCAAACGGCUCGGGCUGCUCCACUCGGUCUACACGGUCGAUGGGAUCGUUUACGUGCAGCGCGCGGCCGGUGAAAAGGGCACCAAAGUGAUUAGCUUUUCCAGCCUGAACUGA